AUGGCGGGAGGGUCGGCGAUGGAGGUGGAGGAGCAGCCGCAGCUGAUGAAGGGUGAGCUUCGCCUUGCCUUGAAACAUCUCUCUGAGCAUGGACUUCUGUUUGGAGCCAAGUGGGCGGCAGAGCAGCUCAACGGGUUUGCUAGUGAAGUGACGGCAGAUGAGGCGGCGGCGGCUCAGCGGAUGUCUACAGGGCAGAGGAAGGGAGGAGAGGAGGAGGACCUUGUCGACCUCGCGAAAACUUAUGUGGAUGUGAAGGAGUACAAGCGAGCGGCUUACCUUCUGCGGGAGUGCCGAUCGAGCCGAGGAGUGUUUUUGCGGGGAUACGCGACCUACCUGUCCGGUCAGAAGCGGAAGCAGGAGAGCGAGAUCGACUCCUCUGCCGCCAGCGCGGCGACCCUCGAGUACGAGGCAGAGCUGAGCGAGCUACAUAAGGAGCUGGCGCGCAUGAAUGGCAGGCAGGAGCAGCUUGUAGGUCGUUGCGGGGGUGAGCUCGACGGGUUCUGCCUCUUCCUGUAUGGGAUGGUUCUCAAGGCGCUGGACCUCGAAGGCGAGGCGAGGAAGGCGUUCCAACAGUCCGUGCGGUCGUACCCGUGGAACUGGGGGGCGUGGCUGGAGCUCGCGUCCCUCUGCCACUCGCAGCCUCAGCUGCAGGAGCUGAGCCUGCCCGAUCACUGGAUGAAGAAUUUCUUCCUUGCACACAUGGACCUAGAGCUGCAGAGCAACAAACAGGCACUUGCUCGAUACCUCGACCUCCAGCGGAUCUUCCCGCACUCCCUCUACAUCAUGGCUCUCGCGCAGUACAACAUGAGAGAGUUCAACUCUGCUCAGUCGGCCUUUGAACAAAUCCUCUCGCAAGACCCAUAUCGCCUGGACAACAUCGACACGUACUCCAACAUCCUUUACGUGAAGGAAGAGAAGACGAAGCUAAGGUCUCCUCUCCUCUUCGGCAAAAUUUCACUGAUGGAUGGAUGGAUGCUGGGCUACAGUUUCGUCGCUCACAGUGCCAUGAAGAACGAGAAGUAUCGACCCGAGACAUGCUGCAUCGUUGCUCUGAGAGAAGCAGGCAACUACUACUCGCUCAAGGGGCAGCACGAGAAGGCUGUGCUCUACUUCAAGCGCGCCCUGCAGCUGGACUCGCACUACCUCUCUGCCUGGACCCUCAUGGGUCACGAGUACGUCGAGAUCAGAAACACGGCAGCUGCGAUCGAGGCCUACCGACGGGCUCUUGACAUCAACAGCCGCGACUACCGCGCGUGGUACGGCCUUGGACAGACGUACGAGAUCCUUCAGAUGCAUUUCUACUCGCUUCACUACUUCAGGUGUGCCAUGGGUCAGUGCUACGAGUGCCUCGACAAAUACCCCGAGGCGAUCAAGGAGGGGAUGGCGCUCAACAAGCUCGGCAGGCUGUACGCGGAGAAGAUCCUGGACCUUGAGCAGGCGGCGCUGCACUACGAGAACAACUUGAGGAUCCUCGAUAGCGAGCAGGUCAACAGCCAGCAAACCAUCGAUGCCCUGCUCUUCCUCGCCCGCUACUUUAGAAAUCCCAGCCUGAAUCGACUGGAUGACGCGGAGAUUUUCUGUCAGAGGUUGUUGGAGAGCGAGAUGGUGGACAGAGAGGAAGUGACGGCUCUGAUGCGAGAGAUCAGACAGAUCAGCGGCGUGAUGGCAGGACACAACUACUCGCUCAAGUUGUGUGCGUGUAGGGGGAUGACUCAGAUCUGUGAUCAAUGGCUACGUCAUCCUAAUCCCUUCCACUCUCUCUUCCUUCUUCCUCCUCCAAACUUGCUCAGCUCUCUUCAGGCUCCAACUAGCCCUGUCCUCUCUUCAUGCAGCACAGUCAGUUCUGUCUGUCUUAUAUGUACCUCGCUCCCAACUUCCCUCCUUCGAGCCGCCAAGGGUUCCCUCUCCGUUUUCAUCUUCACUUGUAUCUUCACCCUACAGGAGGCAUCGACCGAGCCGACCGACUGCAUCCGGCAGUGCGGAUCUCACGGCCUUCGUCGAUGGCAGCGCCGCCACCGUCUCCUCUACCACGACAGAGACAAGCCCGAGCGUCACGGUGGUGCUCCCAGGCCUGUGGGUCCUGCUCGGGUGCCAUUGAUCGAGAGCCACAUCCAUCUCUCGGGCACGCUCAACGUCAGCUGCUCGGCGGUGCGAUCAAGGAUCUCCGUGCAAGGGGAGGAUGCCGUGGACAGCCUUGGGGUAUGCGAGCUGGGCUCUUGCCGGGCGUGCCAUGCCGGUACCUACCAGGACGAGACGGCGCAGGCAGGGUUCGGUACCUGCAAGCCCUCAAGCCAUUCGAACAGCAGCGCCGAGUCCCAGUCCAUCGGCUACUGCCUGGAGGGAUACCAGGCAGGUCCAUCGACUCAUGCCUCUCUACAGCCUGAUGGCUACUGCAGCUACAGCCUUUGUUACACCUGCCCAUUGGGAUACAAGUCCGAUCUGGGGAAUUUGGUCUGCACCUCAUGCCCAGCCGGCAGCAACAACGGCGUCUGCCAGCACACCGUCGGUUCCAACGCCUGGACCUGGAACCUAGGAUGGGAGCUCCACGGGCUCGUGUAUGCGGAUGUGGACGAGUGCCUGAGGGGCUCCAACUCCUGGGACGUGGAUGUCUCUACCUCCCAAAACAAACAUGUCUCUACCUCCCAAAACAAACAGGUGCUUUCGGAGCACAAUGCGGGUAAUCGCAGAGAUGGAAAGGCCUGCGUGAAUAAAAACGAGGGUAUCAACGUGAACAUCGAGUGCAAGCACAACAGCAACGGCUUCCACAAGGUGAGGAACUUCUACUGGGAGUGUAGGAGGGGGUAUAGCGAGAAGCUUCUACUGGGAGUGUAG